AUGGCGUUUGUCGAGUAUACUGACGCCGCCAAGAAGGCAAUGGAUGCGGUUGACACGGGUACGGAUGGCAAAGAUGCCGAGAGUGUCAUCUCUCAUAUGAACAGUGAGCAGCUCACCAAGUGGAGCGAGAUCGUCGAGGAGAUGGCGCAAUCUUCGAGCAGUUUUUUCCUUCAGCGCCUGAAAGCGAACGGUAUCAAGAAAGACGUGACUGCCUCCUUUGUGACGGCCACAAUGCUCGCAACUUCGCUGGUUACAUCUCGUCGAGGGAAGCUUCCAACACGUGUCUGGCUCAUUCGCGUCCAUGACAGCCUUCAUCAAAUAGCUAGCGCUGCCGAAAACUCGGGGCUGAAGGACGUAUUGCUUGAGCCAAUGGAGAAGUGCGUGGCUGACAUGGAGGAGUUCACACAGGCUACUGCUCUGGACUCCAUGUCCCACAUUGUGGCGGCGGUAAAGGCUAAAUAG